AUGUUAUGUCCUAUUAGUUUAGGAACCCAGCUUUGCCUGGAAACUAAGUUUAAUUUUACCCAUUUUUUAUUGUUACUAACCCCUGUGUGUUUUGUGCAGGUUGGAGAAGGGCGAGCCUGCUGGUCUCUGGGGAACGCCCACAGUGCUAUAGGGAACUCUGAGAAAGCGUACGAAUACGCUACGCGGCAUCUUGAGAUUGCCAAGGAAACUGGGGACAGGGUUGGUCAAGCUACAGCACAGGUGAAUCUUGGAGAACUUGGAAAGACUCUUGGCAUCCCAGAAGGUUCCCAGUUAAGAAAGGAUGUGGAACUAUCCCCGAAGACAGCUAGACGUAAGUCAAUGGAGAGGAUGGAGAUGAUAAAAAUGACCCCGGACUCGAAAUCUCGAGACCCAGAGGGCGGUGACCUCGGAAACCAGUCCGGGAACGUCUCUGACCUCCUGGAUGACGAAGAAGACCUCUUUGAUUUUAUCACGAGGUUCCAGAGUAAACGUAUGGACGACCAACGAUGUUCUCUAGCUGAACCCUGUGAUCCUGAAUCUGCUCCUGGUCAGGCUAAACAGAACGGAGUUAAACCAAAACAGAAAGAGGAAACCGUUGAAUUGAUCGCUGGAGCACAGUCUAACAGACUCAAUGAGCAGAGAGCACCUUGGGCCGUUCUUCCAGGUAUUACGCGCGCCAAGCAGCCGGAGAUACUACAGCGCUUGUCGGUCGCUGCCACGGACAAGGAUAGUUUGCCGGACGAUUCAUUCUUCGAGCAGCUGAUGAAGAUGCAAGGAACUAGGAUCGAGGAUCAGAGAUCGAGUCUACCAGGAGAAGAAACAGUUUCUGCUCCAACAAUCCCUGAUGAGGAUUUCUUCUCUCUUAUCUGCAAAAUCCAGGGCGGUAGAAUAGAUGACCAGCGCGCUAGUUUGCCCGGUGGGGGAGCCUGGCCUGACCGUCGACCUAACGGUCAUCAACGUUCAAGUGAUAUAUAACUUCGAACUAAUGUGAACUAGAAUGCAUAUCAAUCUAUCUAUCAGUCUCAAUAUUAAUAUCUCGAUUAACAGUCUUGAUUAAAGAGGAUUAAAUACGGUUCACAGAAUAAAUUGAAGCUAUGCUAAAUACGUUUUAGCAAGUGUUCAAAUAUAAACUAUUAAUUAUAAAAUUUAAAUUAAUAGUGUUAAAAAUAACCAAGUGUAACUGAAAUAAAACUUGUUUUAUAGUGACUGUAAAUGUUUUUAGUCAUUAUUCUUCGAAAAAAAAAUACAAACAAUAUUCAGAACUUUAAACGAAGUAAGUUUUAAAUCGAUAUUUUAAAAAGUAAACAAUUUAUUACUUCUACUAAACAUGAAUUAAAAAUCGCAAUUGUCACUUAUGACCACGCAAACUGGCCCUUUUUUUAAUGGACAAAUCGCAUUCUUUAUUACACAAUUUUGCGCUUGAAGAAAUGGUUUAAUAUCGCUUUUCUUUUUAUUUUAUAAAUUCGUCGUUUUCCCGAUAUUUUAAAAGUCCGGUGUCUCAAAUUCAAGCGUUCAAAACUUCUAAUUUUUAAUUAACAUUGUGGAGUCUUAGUUUUUAAACGAUGAAGCAAAUAUGCUUCUUUGCUUUCAGCUUGUUGUACAAAUAUGUACAAAUUUUAAUAAGUGCUUGGGUUAAUUGUACAUAAGGAUGGGUACUUACUGCAUGUAUAUAUAUUUUUUUUGGUAAAAAUGACUGGUGUUGUAUUCUUGGGUGGUAUUUGUGGCAAUUAUCACAAGGUCUUUAAAAAAAAAAAUAAUAUGCUAUGUUAUAGUUCAUUGAUGACAAAUUUUAUAAACUGACAUCAAGAUUAUCGUAAUACGACCAUUAAAUUUGAUUGUCCGUAAAUUUUUAUCGUAAGAUUUUGGCCUUUUCGUUUAAAACUUACUUAACUAAAUUUUCUUUCUUGAAAAUACUUCCAACUAAAAAUCUACAAUUAAAUUGUUCCUAAACAAUCUUAUUUUCGUAAAGAUCAUCUUCAGUGUAUUAUUUUUAGAAGGGAUAAAAGCAUUUAUCCUAAUUUUUUACAUUAGUGGUCUCAUUCAUGGAGCUCAACGAAUCAAAAUAUGACAAUAGUGUCCAAAAAGUCUAAAUAUGUGAUUAAUAAGUUAUAAAGUUCACAAUUAUAUCAAUAUGCGAGCACAAAUGUAACAUUAAUUGAGCGUCAACAAAAUGACAUUCUUUUUUAACUAUGUGUCAAAACUUGCCAAACCUUCCGCAAAUUAGAUGUUUUUAAGCUUUA